AUGCCGGUCCCAGUCCCUACCUCCACCUCUCUCAAAGACCUCUUCUCCCUCAAAGGGAAGGUCGUCAUCGUUACCGGUGCUUCCGGUCCCACAGGUAUCGGCACGGAAGCCGCACGUGGCUGCGCGGAAUUUGGUGCAGAUGUCGCCAUCACCUACUCGUCGCGGCCCCAAGGCGGCGAGAAAAAUGCAAAGGAGCUCUCGGAGAAGUACGGCGUCAAAUCUAAGGCGUACAAGGCAAACGUCGGCAACUACGAGGAAGUCGAGAAGUUGGUCGCCGACGUCGUUAAGGACUUCGGCAAGGUCGAUGUCUUCAUCGCCAAUGCCGGCCGUACCGCUGACAGCGGUAUCCUCGAUGCCCCCAUCGAGAAGUGGAACGAGGUCAUCCAGACCGAUUUGACUGGUGUGUAUCACUGUGCUAGAGCCGUCGGCCUGCAUUUCAGAGAACGCAAGACCGGCAGUUUCAUCAUCACCGCUUCCAUGUCCGGCCACAUUGCCAACUUCCCCCAAGAACAGACAUCGUACAACGUCGCCAAAGCUGGCUGCAUCCACCUUGCCCGAUCUCUUGCAAACGAAUGGCGCGAUUUUGCACGUGUCAACUCCAUCUCCCCCGGCUACAUCGACACCGGCCUUUCGGACUUUGUGCCCAAGGAUAUCCAAGAGCUCUGGCACAGCAUGAUUCCCCUUGGCCGUGAUGCCAAGGCCACCGAGCUCAAGGGCGCCUACGUCUACCUCGCCUCCGAUGCAAGCUCCUACACCACUGGCUCCGACAUCGUCAUCGAUGGUGGAUACACUGCCAGGUAG